UAUAGAACGUGAUUGUUACGGUUCGAAAAACAAUGGGUUCGCUGUCAUUUAUAGGAUGGUAAGAUAUAUCUUUCCAUUUUAAAAUUGUUAUUAUAAUUUUAUUUAAGAAGCUUAAUGAUUGAUAUUAAUUUAUUAACAUCUUCCUUUUAUCUAUUUUUAGUUUUUUCAUAAUAGUUGUGAUUUGGUUAUUCAAGAAGUAUCAAAUAUUUACGCAGGUAUAUAAUAAUUAUAGUCUAAACGAAUAUAAUAUACUCUUAUGAUGGGUGUAGGCUACAUGACGCAUUUGCGAAUUACCGUUCCCUAUCUCAACAGUGCUUUGUACAUUGAGCGUGGUGCUGUAUGUCUUUCAUUUUGUGUAAAUUUGAAAUGCGACAUUCAAAUGCAAGGCUAGAAAGAUGAAAAGCGAAGAAUAAAGUAUAAAACGAAAAAUAACUGAAGGAUCUUACGUGUCUUCUGCUAGUUGAGUUUGAAAUACACGAAUAAAAGCAAGAAAAAAACAAUGAACGAAUUAACGGCGUUUUCGUUCGACCUUUUUGAUAUUUUUACUGGAACUUUAGUAGGUAAAUAAGAUUUCUAAUAGUUUUAUGCUGUUACAAAUACAAAUCAUUUUCACUGCUUUUAAUUUUUUGAGAGCCAAAUGUUGUUUUGUGCGACAAAUCAUUGUUUGUCGAAAGAGUUAUAAAAAUGCAAUGUAUAUAUUUAGUUCGUGUGUUGUGACCUCGAAAAGUGGCUAGAAAACGAUUUUCAUUAAGCAUGUCUUAGAUCUGAAAUAUUUUUACGGGAACGAACACUAUCCCUCUCCGUAUAGACCCGCAGUUUUCUCACAAAAUGCUAUUUUAUCUUCAAUAAUUUCACGACAAAUUUUUCAUUCUUCAACGACACGGAUCGAUGACGAUACACGAUUAUGUCACUCAAAAGGACCAAUUUCUAUUAACCAGUCUUCCUUUUAACAAAAGACCGGUUUUUCUCGAAUCAUUUUGAGUUAUGCAAGCCUAUCGUGUCGAACGUAAACAACAUAUCUUGUCUACAACUUUGGGAAGGUAUAUACAGAUAAUUCUUUCUAAAAUCCUUAGUGUUGGCUCUAUCUCUAUAAAAUCACAAGGACGUUAAUGUUAAGUCUUUGGGAUAUGUCUCUGGGCUGAGAAAUAAUUCCUUACAUGCAUGCGAUUAAACUGUUUUAUACAAAGUAUAGUUUUAUACGGUACUCUUAUGUAAUGGAUCAGCAUUUAAAUUUCCAACACAGUUUCUGAGACGUAAUUCAAGAGCUAACUUAUCAUUGCAUUUGAACUAUUACAUCAGUUGGUGUUAUGCUGUCGAUAAGCGAAUAUUAUUGGAAAGAGGGCUUCGAUAUACGUUGAAAUCACCAAAUAAACAGCUCAUGCACACAUUUCCCCACUUCGUCGUAAGUUUACAGAGCAUAUUUUAUACUUUGGGACUGAUCUUUGUCUUUGAUGUGAACAUUUAUUCUUAUAGUUUAAGGUUAUCUAAGAUUGAUCCUGUCGUAAGUGUUCUAUACCAGCAACCAAUCGACAAUAUUUCAUUGUAGCGUUGUCUUUGCCGUUACGUUGGCUUCGCGUUACUUUUGUUUUAAAUACCUAGCUUGAUCGCGUUAAAAGAGUUAUUUUUCAGGCCAGUGACAUAGCCAAAAGACUUCGCAUUAAUGUCCUUGUGAUGUUAUAGAGAUAUUUCUAGAAAUGAGGAUUUUAGAAAGCGUUAUCUGUACUUUCUCAAAGUUGUAGACAUGCAAGCAAAACCAGUCUUUUGUUAAAAGGAAGACUGGUUAAUAGAAAUUGGUCCUUUUGAGUGACAUAAUCGUGUAUCGUCAUCGAUCCGUGUCGUUGAAGAAUGAAAAAAUUGUCGUGAAAUUAUUGAAGAUAAAAUAGCAUUUUGUGAGAAAACUGCGGGUCUACGGAGCGGGAACUUUCGAAUUUGAACUCAGCGUACUGGCAUGAAAGUGUUAGUUUCCGUAAAAAUAUUUCAGAUCUAAGACAUGCUUAAUGAAAGUGAACGAUAUCGGGUCACAACACACGGACUAAUUAAAACAGUUGUUGAAUCAGUUCGGUUUUUGUGAUAUCCCGAAUUAUUAACGUCUCGGUAAGUGUUAUCGAUCGAACCGAAGGCGAGAGCGGUAAUUACACUUACCUCGACCCAUGAUAAUUCUGGAUGUCACAAAAACCUCAUCCAAUAACAGCUACAAUUAUAACAUGUAUAAUUAAUUAAAAUUCUGGUAACCUUAUACUGUACGCAUACUGAAAAAAAAACAUUUACUCAAUUAUUUUUCCAGCGUCUUAUUCUGUAUUUGAGUAUCGCAGCGUUUUUGGAUAGUAUUGCAUAUGUGAUGGUAAGUCCGUUCAUGGUCCAUUUGUUACUAUAUAGUUACGUACAGUUGUGCUAUUUAAGGGGCGUAAAUCCUGGUGGUUUGGGGUGUGUGUGACGCCCCCUAAUUUUUGAGAAAAGCAAUUUUGUAUAGGGCGUGUUUAUCAAGUAUUCAAAUGAUGUCGAGUAAGAACAUCAAAACCUAAGAGUCCAGUCGUAAAAUCCUCCUCCAAAGUGUACCAAAUGGCGUUUCAGAGACAGUAAAUUUCACAGUUUUCUUGGGGAGUAUCCCCCCACACCGUCCUAGAGAUCUUGUGCCUUUGCCACUCCAAAUUUGUGCCUACACAACAUCGUCCCUAGUCUCACGGAUCAGGUCCACUGCAAAAAGAAACGUAGCAUAGGCCUGAGGACGAGGAUGGUGUCUUCAACGAUACCCUCCGGACCCUCAUAAACUUUUUAGCUUCCCCAACAUCUUUACGUUUUUUUCUGACAGCACCUUUUUUGUCAGGCAAAGCGAUUCCACACCCCCUAAUGUUUAGGCCCACGUUACGUCCUUGGAUGCUUUCGAAGAUUAUUCCUGUAGAAUGUAAACAAAACUUGUAGAUUAUCAAUUGAAAAUUUCGUCAGUUCACAUCUCUUAGAAAAUUUACGAGUGCAUCUUUUAUGUUAAACACACAAGAAUUCUAAUAAUAUAUUUUAUAUAUAUAUAUAUAUAUAUAUAUAUAUAUAUAUAUAUAUAUAUAUAUAUAUAUAUAUAUAUAUAUAUAUAUAUAUAUAUGCAUGUACUGUGUAUCACACGAGUCAAGGGUAUAUUUACCACCAAACACCAGCGGGUCCAUAGUGAUCGCCAAUGAAAGGAAGGCAAGCAACAAUUAACGGCACUCCCCAUGAAACAACGUGGUACAAACUAUAAAAUAAUCUGUACUUUGCAAAGGGAAUUUACGAACUCGAGUCGAAUAUACGUAGCGCCGAAUCGGCUAUCGCUCAUAUUCGACGAGAGUGAGUGGAAUAACUGUUUUAUUAUAUACACAAGGGUCAGAUAUUUUCAACAAAAUAUUCCUUAUCCAAUUAUUAUAUAUAUAUAUAUAUAUAUAUAUAUAUAUAUAUAUAUAUAUAUAUAUAUAUAUAUAUAUAUAUAUAUAUAUAUAUAUAUAUAUAUAUAUAUAUAUAUAUAUAUAUAUAUAUGUAUAUAUAUUUACGAACUCGAGUCGAAUAUACGUAGCGCCGAAUCGGUUAUCACUCAUAUUCGACGAGAGUGAGUGGAAUAACUGUUUUAUUAUAUACACAAGGUCAGAUAUUUUCAACAAAAUAUUCCUUAUCCAAUUAUUCAUGGUUUCCGAAUUACUUGAGUACUCGUACAUGUAGAAGAAUGGAUUAUUUAACUAAUUAAUGAUUAUAUAGAAUACAAAAAUAAAUGUUGUACAGUUACCACUGCAAUGUGUAAUAUUAUGCAUACAUUAUUCAAUGCUUAGCAAUUACAGUAUAAAGUAGAGAAACUAAACCCUUCUAUAUCUAUUUCUAAGUUCUCUUCAGUAUUUUCAUAACAUUUUAACUUUUAAGCCUGGAUUUGUACCUGACGGAACCUUAUGUGAAUUUCAAGCAUGGUGGUUAUCCUUUUUUGGUGUGUAUAUUGCGUUAUGUUCUACUUUUAAAAUGCUUUGUACAACGCUGUAUACUGUAUAUAGUUUACCGAUUAAUACAUGAAGUGUUUUCGUUGUGUUUUCAUUUGGAUACACAUCGAAUUUUAAUCCAAUGAAUUGCAGCAAAGGACCAUAAAUAAAUAUUUAUUAGAAAAUAUAUUAUUAAAAAAACGUCAUCAAGUUUAGAUUAGUGUCAGAUUAAAAUUAGAUUAGGGUUAGAUUAAGAUUAUAUGAGGGGUUAGAGUAUAGGAUUAGGUUUAUCUAUCGAUUCCAAUAAGUUAUUGCGCGAAAUUAUUGUAGUGAUAAUUUCCGACGUGUUUAAUUAACAAUUUACUCAUAUAGUAAAUUCAAAGGUCGAGCUGAAAAUAACACAAAAUUGCUCAUUGAACUCACAAAAUUGCUCAAUAACACAAGAGAGUAGUUCAGCUUGAUUGCCGACAGAUGUGCAUAUUUGAGAUGAUGGAAUGUAGUACAAUGGCUUCAGUGACAAUGAAAUUGAUAUGUAUUAAUAAUGGUUGUGCAUAUAUUCACGAUGGUGGAAUAUAUAUAUUUUGUUUCACUUUUGUUCUAAACGGUCUGUAGAGGUUCCAACAAUAUAUCUGUAAAAAAGUCUGUGGAGGUUCCAACAAUAUAUUGUACGAAUGCCGCUUCCAAGUUGUCAUUCUGAUUUUUUCUGUUUUUCUUGUAGAUUGGUCUGUGCUGUUAUGGGCCUGUUGUAUUACGUUCAACCUAUAUCAAAAUGCAAUCAGAGGUGUACAAACCGAAAGAUAUGAAAUGUAUGUCAGAAGUGUAUUCUUAGGCAUGCUGUUAUUUAUAUUUAUAACAUAGCAUUUGUAAAUUCUGAACGCUGAUAUUGGCUAAGAGCCGUGUUGAUAUAACUCAAUUUCAACACGGAAACGUCGGAAAAUUUCUUUCUUUAUGUUUCUUUGUGCUGUAUUAUAAAACAAAUAUAAAAUUUUUUUUCCGUAUUGAUAUACAGUUAUACCAACACUCGUGGAAAUUGGGACAACUCGAAAUUGUGUGAAAACACUCCGGCCUUCGGGCGUCGUGUUUCCACACAAUUUCUCGUUUUCCCAAUUUGCAAUCGUGCUGAUAUAACUGUAUAUCAACACGGAAAAUGUUUUAUAUUUGUUACAUGUCUACUGUACCUAUAAGCAUAAAUUACAGUAUCAUUUCCUCGCGCGUUCCAACGAGAUUUUUAAUAUUCAGGAAAUAUAUAGAAAACAUUGUCCGUGUUUCUAUACUGUUACAGAAACACGCAUGGGAUUUUAGAAGAACUAGAAAUAAUCAGUUGGAAACGUUUUCCAGCGUUAUUUUUUUUUCCUUUUGGCAACAGCUCUGAGUGAUGGGCAACACCUUUAUCCACCGGUGAAUAAUAAAAUCGUUCAGUUAUAGCCAAAAAUUAUGGAGCUUUCUCGUUUCCUUUUCGUUUCUUUUUCUUCGACACAUGAUGUAUAAAAAGAUAUACUUAAUCUGACUAGAAACAGUUUGUUAUUUGGACCCUCGACCGCCAACAAUGCCAAUCUCAGGUCCACAAAACGUUCUGUUUCCUUCGGCCCCAGUCAGGGCCGUCGAGUGGGGUGCAGGGGGGGGGGGCAUUUUGCCCCGCGCCCCCAGAUCAAAAGGGGCCAUCAAAAGGGACCCUAAAAAUUUAAGAUGAUAUGAAAUAAAUUGUAAUAUAUUGUGAAAUACCGCUUCUCGCGUUUUACAAUUAUACGUACAAUUAUACAAUUACAAUUUUACAUCAUAGUUCCCCUGUUAAAGUUUUUCCCCAGGCCCUGCGCAACCUCUCGGCGGCCCUGGUUGGUCGCUACCAACCUCGUCCCCAGGACCUCUCGGCCGCGCGCGUCCUCCCUAGGCCCUGAGACACACAGAACUGGGAGUACAAGAAAAGUUGCAGUAGUUUUAAGGCACAUACUCUUGAAUUGGGACGCUUUAGCACCCGUAACAAUUUUCACAGUGAAGUAUUACGAAGAAACGAAGUAUUUUGUGUUGAUAUAUACUAAACGUCUGCGAAAUAGCAUUUCUCUGAGAAACCAAUCAGAUAUCUCGCUUUAGUCGUCUAACCCAGAGCCUAAUUUUCAACGAGUGACCGAGUGGAAAUGGCUCUGCGGACGAGAAUGGGUCGCCACCAACCUACUAUGAAGGGACUUUGUGAUUGGUUGUGCCAAAAAAAAGAUGUGGGUUUCCGGUUUCUUCUCAUAAAAACAUAGGUAGGAUAGGUCGGUUUUAACUUUCUUUUUAACUUUUUUUUAAUUUUCCGAACAAGCGGGCGCCAUUUUGUUUAGUCAGUGCUUCCACAUCCAAAGAUAAAUUUCCCUAAUAUUGCCUCAAAUUUCAAUUUUCCACAAACUUUUUCCUCUAAGUGGAAACACUUACAAGCAUGAUCCAAUAAAAAAGUUUAGGGUCGGGAUUUCGGCGUCCAAAAGCUAGGUAGGGUCGGGAAACCGGAAACCCGCAUAUUUUUUUUUUGCGUUGAUGAUAACAGUAUAGCCCGCGUGCAGGCCCAAGGGAACUGAUAGUGGGCCUGCAAGCAAGGCCCGGUAUUUUGUAAAACGCCCCUUUUCAUAACACGCCCCAUUCGCGCGUCAAUUGUCAAAAAAGAACCAAUGACAGCAACCCAAAUAUUAACAAACAAACUCGCAUUAAAAUGUUGCGGGGUUUUCUCUGCUUUAAUAUUCAAAAUAGAAACAAUGUGUAUUAAAUGCCUGUGUCAAAACUAAAAAAAAACAAGCAACGCAGUCAGUAAUUGCCAAAUUUACAAGUGCUCAUUUUCAACUAAAAUCGGAACAGGCAAAUUAAGACGAAUUUCAACAGAAAACCAGUCUCAAACUUCAAAUCGUGAGGGAAGUCGUGCGACCACAUCAACAUUUAUAAUGUUGCUUCGCUGUCGCGAUUGUUAUAAAUAAAUUGUCUCACUUAUCAGAUCGUGUGUGCAAUUCUUGUUGGCGGCGGAAAGUACGAAUUGGUGAGAACUCUGAUACAUUUGGUGAUAACUCUACAAAAGAAGAGAGCGUUCAGAGUCCAGAUCGUUUCGUUUCAAACGGCAAUUUAAUACCGUCUUAUCUUUUGCUCUCUCAGCGAAGCCUUGUAAAUCGCAAAGUAUUUUGAAUAGGCUUACAUCACAUGCAACUGCAUCUCAACAUCAACCAAAAGAUAAUUUUCUUAAGGAACAUAUAACGUAUCAAGUCUGUUUGAAAUUUUAAUAAUGAAACUCAAUUAAAGGUUACUAUAUGUUGCUAUUCCAACACCUCACGACAAGCAAUCCUCAUUGGCAUAACGGCAAAAACAUUGCUUCCUUCAAAUAAACAAUAAACAGUCUGUUCUUGUUCCAUUUGUAAUCGAAAAAAGUGAUCAAUUUUCGAAUUUUAAGCUUAUCGAGAGCCUUUGUCUAUGCCUUUGUGAUGAAUCACUGACCUAAUUAUAGAAUCCAACAGCAAACAGCCAAUCAGAAUGCCGCGUUCGUGGGCGAACGCGGAAAGUACAAAAUACCGGGCCUUGCUUGCAGGCCCACUAUCAAGUUCCCUUCAGCCUGCUCCCUUGGGCCUGCACGCGGGCUAAUAACAGUAAAAGACAAUGAACUAUAGAAACUAAUCACAGAAGCAAAUCACAAUAUCAGGUUGGUUUUUACCGCCCUGGUCCCAGUCAAUAAUUAAUUGUUAAAUGUAUUGCUCCAGAUUAGUUUUAAGAUUGAAUGAAACGUUGGUAUCUCUGUCUUACAGUCAUGGCAAUGGAACUGUUCCGGCUAAAAUAUUCCACCAAUUCAUUUGCUCGCACGAACCAAUUCAUUUGAGACGUUUGACCAAUUUAUUCCGCAACUAUGAUCAUUGCUGGUCACUUCCUGUCUCCUUAUGAUUGUUGAAUUGUACCAAAACCAAAGGUGAUGGUGCAUUGAUGUAUAGGACACUUUCAUAUCACUUCCAUUGCCACAACUGUAACUAAAGUUUUCGAAUAAAAAUUCCCUUUGCAAAGUACAGAUUAUUUUAUAGUUUGUACCACGUUGUUUCAUGGGGAGUGCCGUUAAUUGUUGCUUGCUUUCCUUUCAUUGGCGAUCACUAUGGACCCGCUGGUGUUUGGUGGUAAAUAUACCCUUGAUUCGUGUGAUACACAGUACAUGCAUAUAUAUAUAUAUAUAUAUAUAUAUAUAUAUAUAUAUAAUAUAUAUAUAUAUAUAUAUAUAUAUAUAUAUAUAUAUAUAUAUAUAUAUAUAUAUAUAUAUAUAUAUAUAUAUAUAUAUAUAUAUAUAUAUAUAUAUAUAUAUAUAUAUAUAUAUAUAUAUAUAUAUAUAUAUAUAUAUAUGUAUGUAUGUAUAUAUAUAUAUAUAUAUAUAUAUAUAUAUAUAUAUAUAUAUAUAUAUAUAUAUAUAUAUAUAUAUAUAUAUAUAUAUAUAUAUAUAUAUAUAUAUAUAUAUAUAUAUAUAUAUAUAUAUAUAUAUAUAUAUGUAUAUAUAUAUGUCGAAGUAAAAUAUAAAUAUAAUUAGUGCAUUAAAUUUUCGCUUGCAUGUCACAACCUUUGUCAGAUAUAUACAGCGCUGCAUGCCACAGUUGCAUGCCACAACCGCAUAUAUAUAUAUAUAUAUAUAUAUAUACAGUCUAUUUCAUCCGUAUAGGAAUCGUAGGUGGUCCUUAUACGGAUGACAUAGACUGUUGUGGUUUUUUGAGGUAAAACGUAAUAAAAAAAUUUUUUGAAUAUUUUUUUCAUGGUUUUGGCGGUUCUCAGUAGAGUCCCGACAUCAAUAUUAGCUAGAGAUACGUAUAGUUCCUACGGACGAAUUUAGGCAAUUUGGUUCAAUAAUUAUUGUGACAACAGACGCCAUUUUUGGCACGCUGUACUGGCAGCCUGCAACCACCCGGAGAAAAUAGGGUCGCACGGUCAAUCGUGUUGAAUAAAAUAAUAGGGUGGGCAGGAAAAAUAGGGUCGGUCGGGAAACCGGAACCACAGGUGUUUUAUUUUUUGGCCUUGGUAUAGCAUUGACAAUUAAGCCCAGGUCACACCACAACGAUAACGAUACGAUAACUUGUAAACGCGCGAUAAUUGGUAAAAAUAUUAUGUUGGUGUCCACACUACAACGAAAACGAUAAAAUUAUCGGCGUUUGACGAUAACGAUUUUAAAAUCGCUCAUCCGAGCGAUUUUUUUCAGUCGGACGAUGACGAUAAAUUUUUUGAUCAAGCGCAAAGAUAACCUUUUGGCUUUUUUGCUCCCAAAAUAUGUCGGAUGCGUGGAAUUUACAUGUACAGCUAAAGUUCUUCACGGUUUUAAUACUUUGGCAAGUUUUGCUAGUUAUUGCUAGAAGGAAAAUGUAAGUACGCGAAUAGCAAAUUUCCGCGUACCUACGUGGUACUUGCCUGAAAACAAAGAAGUACCAGACCAUAAAUUUGGCGUACAUCCGGUACGUUGAUACGCGAAUUAUCGCACCCUGAAUUAUACCCUCCACAGUAUCUGGUGUAUAGGGAGAUUCCCAAAAUUUACGAAGCUUCUAUUUUUUAGUUGGAUUGAUGCCGACAGUUCUAACAGUCAAAUAUGGCGGUUCACAACGUAUGUUAAAUUUAAUGCUAAAUGUUCGUGGCAAAGUUUGCUAUAUACAUAAUGUACUAUGUUUCACUGUCCCCGUGUUUGUUUUUCAUUCUGACUUUUACUGUAUAUAACGUUGUGAAUGAUUUAUCAACUAUAGUAUCUUAUCAUUCUCUCUCCUGUUCAAAUUGUUAACGCACUUCAUGUACCUGGUUGUUUCCUAACACAAAGGCAACAAAUUAUAUCGAUGUUUUCUUUAAAUUGGCUUUGCAUGGCGUUCAUAGUAAAAAUAACGAACAAUUGUGGUUACACCAUGUUUCUCAUUUAAUUCUGAGCUUAAGUUACAUCUAAUGACUAAUCUUUUACAUUUGGGUACCAUAAAUAUCAGGUUUUUUGGGUAUCUUAGUGCUGUGCGCCGGAGGGCCGGAGCAGGAGAUUUGGCCUAUUUUGCCGCAGCCGGAGUUUUUUCAACUCCGGGAGUUUGUUCAACUCCGGCAGCACGUAUUUGUGCUGAAAACUACUGUCGGACAUCGGCGAAAAAACCUGAAUCCAUCGACGAAAAAGUAAAUACUCGCAUUGAUACUGCAUAGGCUUGCCACAAACAUAAUACGAAAUGUUCAUGCGAAAUGUUCAUAUGUUUAAAUAAAAAACAAAGAUCUGCUUCCACUUCGAAUUUUCACGAAUUUGCCGGAGCUGGAAAUAUUCUGGCGGAGCCGGACUUUCUUUCCCAGAGCCAGAUUUUUUUGGCCGGAGGUGAAAAACCCGGAGUUUGCACAGCACUAUAGGGUGUCUCUCACUGGAUCGAACUAAAUGUUGAAAGAUUUUGCAGAUGGACAUGUCGAAUGUAAAUUUUAUAAAUUCAUUAAGACCUGACCAGGAGUAGCUGCGAAAAUGCAACUAUAUAGGCCCAAAUCAAACCUGCCACCCAGCCAUUCCAGUGCAGCACUCUAAGCUACUGAGGUACAGAUUCGAUGCAGUUGUCGAACUCUAACCGCAAGUUCAUGUAUAUUCUAAGCUGAUAUUUAUACCCAUAUACCUUACAAUGACAUCACCUAUAUAUACAUGGAGUUGUGGUUAGAGCUCGAGAACUAAAAUUUACUCUCUUGCAUUGCAUUUCCUGAAAAACUUCAAAAACUGCAAAAUCGUGCAGCGAGGGUACUAACAUUCUCCAGUUAUGACACUAAUGCUGAUGUUUUAAUUGAGAAACUUGGCUGGAGAAAAUUAUCAUCCCAGCGCCAGUUUCAAAAAGCUGUCAUGGUCUAUAAAUCAUUAAAUGGUCUUGCUCCUGAUUACAUGUAUUCCAUGUUUGUAAACCGUGACAGUGUUAAUCCUUAUUCGCUGCAUGAGAAACACUGAGAACAAACUAGCUGUUCCCAAGCCCCGCACAAACUAUCUCAAGAAUAGCUUUUAAUUAGCUAUAGUGGUGCGGUGCUGUGGAACAGUCUUCCGAUUGGGCUACGGCGAGCAAAUAACUUGAUAAAUUUCCGAUCGGGCUGUGCCAAAUUAUUUUAACUUUCUUUGUAUAUAUUGUUAUAUUAGCUUAGUACACGGCCCUCAUGAAAAGCAGGUAUUAUAUUUUCUAUUUAGUGUGGUUCUACUUUUGUAAUUUAUCUCAUUUAGUUUGUUGCAUGUUAAAUCCUGAUGAGAAUACCGUGUGUAAAUAAAGUUUUAAUAAUAAUAAUAAUAAUUAUACCAGUAUGUUACUUUUGUGCGUGACGUGUUCUUAUUUAGCUUGUUUUAAUUAAUGAGUAUUUUAAUCCUAGAUGGUAUAUUCCGUUGUGGUGUUUGCUUGCUCUAAUGUUGAUUACCUUCAUCUAUAUCGUUGCCAAACUUCGACGAGAGGUGAGAUGAUAUUGCUGAUCAGAAAACAUAAUCGUGCACAAACAAAGAAACAAACGUGCGCAAAUAAAUAAACCUACAUGCGUAGGUGAAACUCCCCAGCAGAGGUACUGUAGCAAUAUAGGCGAAGGUAACCAUGCAUGUGAAAACAAUUAUAUUUUCCUAGUGAAGGUAAUGAAGAAAUAUUCUGCCAAACCAUUGCAUUGUUGAAUUGCAUAGAAUGUAGGGCGGUCAACAUUUUUCUCCAAGGGAGGGUGGGUUAGUUGAUUGCCCUUUUAUAAGUGGCUAGCACAUUCGCUGGACCCUUGAUCUAUCUUUGGUACACGCGUAAAAAUCAUCAUGUUGAUGCAAGUUGUUCAAAACAGGAGCGAACAAUGUUGUGCUGCACCCCGUGAACAAUAUUGUCAACAAGUUGUUGAACCAUCAAUAUUGUUGCAACUUGUUGACAAUCAUGUUAACAAGUUGCAACAGUACUGAUGGUUGAACAACUUGUUAACAAUGUUGUUCACGGGGUGGAGCACAACAUUGUUCGCUCCUGUUUUGAACAACGCCGAACAACAUGAUCAAUUUUUACCCGUGUAAGUACCAUCGAGUGUUUACAGGAAAGGCGAAACGAGCUGCUUUUAGCAAUCACUUUUAUUCAGAGUUAGAGUAAUUGUUAAAAGCAGACUUUAUGCUCAUUAUCCUUAUUAUGCAUUAUUUUGAUUUUGAACUUACAACCACAUCUGUUCUGCGUAACCAUCAACGAUUGUUAAGCUAGUUUUAGGAGGACCUAAAGCCCUAACUUUUUCCGACUGGUACCCUUCCUGAAAUCAACUUUGUUUACGCCCUCCUGCCACUACAAAAGCACUAAAUAGAACUGAGGUUAGUCCCAUGUCUUUAUUUCACAUAGUUUAAUUUUCAGGUGAAACUUUUUAUAAGAUCUUUUCAAGCUUUGCAAUUACAUUCGUGACGUCCCCUGAUAUCAGACCACGAACUUUACGCAAUAGUAAUGUAUAUUAUUCACAAAAAUAAUUUUUUGAUUGUUUUUCUAACCAGGUAAGUCGAUGGGAAGGAACGUACCGAGCUGAAGACGAAAGACAAAAGGUAAGUUGUUAUCUAUUCUCAAAACUUUAUAUAAACAAAAUUCAUACAAACAAUGGAAAUGUAAUUUGAUAUUAUUCCAGUGGCAGAUUACCAGUAACGCCUGUAGGCUAAAUACAAUUCGCGGGCCUUGAGGAUAAUGCAUAUCUUCUAGCUAGGUCUGGCAGAUUCCGCCAAAAUAUUUGGAAAUUUAAGGUCUCAGGCUAGCUAUUUCCUGUGUUCUAUACUCUUGCCAAUCACAGAGAUUAAUAAGAUUGCAGCAGAAGGAAGUCAAUAUUUUCAGGCUUACUGUCAACUUCAGCUUCCUCAGCGUCAGGUGUAGUCAGCACCUCGCAACUCUUUCCUCCACAGAAGUUAUUAAUUGUUCUAGCUUCGGCAUCUUUGGGCAGUUCUUGGAGUUAAUCAGGAUAGGGUGAUUAUUUUUGUCCAGUGCACCCUAUCCCGAUCAACUCCGAGAAUAGUCCGAAGAUGUCAGAAGAACAAUUAAUAAACACUGCAUGUGGAGGAGGCCUAUAUAUAGUAACGUUGCAAGUUCACAAGUGCUGUUGAUGCUGACCUUAUCGGACCUCUCUUUUGCAAGCUGCGUUGUUUGAUUUUAUGCAACUAAAUUCGGCUAUUACUAUUGGCUACAGUACAAAUGUACAGUGUGUUAGUUUCGAAUUACAAUAAUUUAGAUCUUUUUGGCUUAGGGACGAACCGGUACUUGUACUUCCUAUAUUGACUGCUGUUUGUAUUUUUAAUGCAUGACACACACACGUGGAAUACUAGAAAGAUACUGGUACAAUUACAAUCACAUAUAUUAAUAACAAGCAUCUGAUCUUGACUUCUAGAACAAUCAGAUGGAUUACAUCCUGUAGUCAUGAACAUUUAAAAAUAUUUUCAAUCUGCACUCAAUAUUGAAAAACAUUUGUGGGGUCCGGGCCAUUGUUCCCUGGGAAAAUUUUUAAAACUUAAGGUCGUUUUCCACUAGGCGGAAGUUUCCGCGUGGAGCGAAAUUUCUCUUUGUCUUUUCUAUAAUUAGUUCCACGCGAGAAAUCACAAGACAAAGAGAAAUUCCGCUCCGCGCGGAAAAUUCCGCCCAGGGGAAAACUGACUUAAGGUCUUGGGAACGGCACAUUCCUGCAUUCUGGAAGACUAUUUAGCAGUAAUAUCUAUGCAAUAUUUAACUUUAAAAUUGUUCAGAAAACAUGAAGAUUUCCACGAUUUUUUUUUUAGGAGGGGGUGGGGGGUUGUUGUACACGAUAUUUUGCCCAGGCUGUGCUCGCAUUUUUUUUUGUAUUUGCCUAACCACCCCAUCCUCAAAAAUCCAAUGGUCCGUCCCUUACUGUACAUGGUGAAAAUAUGUAUUUAUUAGAAGAGAAGAUACAUAUCAAACGUUGCUGUGUUUGAAAGCAAUAUAAAUUUCUAAUUUGAAUACUAUAAGGGGAAAUAAUUGUAAUGGGACAUUUUUGAUACGUGUUUUGUAUAACUCUGUUUGCAGGAAAUGCUAAAGAAAGACAUCAAACUUCUGAGAGCUUAUCCUGUGGUAUACAUGGCGUUGGCUAUCUUUCCUUCGAUAAAUAGGUUGGUUUGGUAUACAAAUCUGCCUUUAUUGAUCUAUUGUUAACUAUAAUUUGUGGUCAUGUGGGUAUAGAUAAAUAUUAUGUAUGCCAGCAACAAGUGAAAUGUUGCCCGUUCCGACCGGAUAUGCACAUGCAUAUAAAUUAUCAAAAUGGAAUAACGUGGAAUAAUAAUACGUUUUUCCAGUUUACGAAAAGGAUACAGUAUCAAACAGAGAGGAUAAUACUAAACAGGCAACUGGGGCUGCCAAAACACUUUUUAACAGGUUCUUUUAUUAAAAUGAUACAUGCACAUUAAAGAGUUUUAUGCAUGAAAUAUAAUUGUUUUGAGAAAUUUGGGAAAUACAUCGACUUCGUCUCGGGAAACAUUGAAACUCAAUGAAGUUAAUUGAAUGUUAGUGAAGCAAGAUUUUCAGAAGAGCUCAGAGCUCUGCUCUUUUUAUCAUUAAUAAAAAGGCCGGCUCAACCUCUUUGAGAAAGCAGCAUCUGCCUGCUUUCUCACAUUUACACACACAUUCUCGACAACCCAUCUAUAGCUACACUGUAGCUUAUAAAGGUCGGCACAGAAGGGCCAUAAUGUACACUUAACGUAUGCAUGAGAAAAGGCCCUCAUUACUGCAUGUUAUCUAUAGUGAAUGAGGUUGGGCCAACUAUACUCCUGGAUGUCCCGCGGGAGACUAGUGCAUCGUAGGUUUUCCCCCAGCAUGUUAAUUUAAGGUGGUAUAAAUACUGCGAAAGAGUACUAAACAGAAGAUUGCUUACAUGGGGAUAAUCAUGCACACAAGUGAUCGUAAGCCACUCCAUUGCAAUGUCGUGUUGGUAUGUAAAUUAGUGAUGGGAAGUAAUUGUUGUAUACUAGAAUAUUAUCUCGAACGGUCUGUGCCAGUGUAAGUAGUGACGAUAACUGGAAAGGCUAUACUAACUUCCCAACGAAGGGCCUUUGCGCGAAACGUCGGAGAUCUGUUUACAUUUUUCAGGUAGUUGAAUAUUAAUCCGCAGCUGUAGUAGAAUGUGGUCUUCAAUUUGCUUGUUUUCGUAUUUUUGAAGGAUUCAGAACGCGUAUGACAAGCAUCCGUGGUUCUGGUUGCUCUUAUUACACACAAUGACGUCUCCUCUAAACGGUAUGUUGUCUAUAGAAUCGAACGUUAUAUAAUAAUCUAUGUUCAGUCUGCUUUUAAUUGGUCGAGAGCCAUAAUUUUUUUAAGACAGGAGCAGAGAUGACGUCAUUUCACUGACGAAAUUUUUUAAGCCAAUCACAAUUCUCGCAGAAGAAUGACAUGAACCAAUGACCUGCGCUGUUUUGUAUACAGCGACAGAGCUAGUAAACUGGAACACUAACUCCAAUGAUCAAGGCCUACCGCUCGUCGAAGCCGACGUGCUUGAAGAUCAAAGGACUGAAGAGAGUUUUGAAAGGACUGAGGAAAAACUUUGUUAAAAGUUUGUUUUUGAGAAAAAUUCUGCACGAAAACUACUUUUUUAAUGGGAAGAUUUCAAUUAUUGGGUUUCAAAUUUUUGUGUCGAACUAGUUCUGACUGUUUUACAUCUAUCUUCAGCAAAAAUGAUAUAUAAAUAUACUUCAUAUAUAAAUAUAGAGCAUUUUAAUUAACAUCCCGAAACUUAUUUUGUACAGAACUUCAGGCAUGGUUUAUCCCUUCUGAAGCAAGAAUAAAUAUGUGCCUUUCUAGUGGUUUUUUCCCCGGCUUCUCAUCUUCUUGUUGGUCAUUAUGAUCACUUUCAAUAUUGCAGCCAAACCAGCUUUUAUAAUUUGUAUUUAACUGUUCAAAAUAAGUUACGUAAAAAUGAAUUCAAAGGCACAUGUGUAUGUUUUUCUAAUCUGUUACUCAUGUACUGUAUGUUAUAAUAUCUCCAAACUCAACAUUUUCGCGCGGUUUUUGAGAAGUAUUGUUUUGUUGUUGUUUUGUUGUAAUGUUUCAAUUAAUGCGUGGCUUUGAUUUCGUUCAUUACUUGAGUGAAAUUUCAAUUGUCCUAGUAUAUGCUUUAAAAUGGAAAAGGAAAACGUAAACGAAAAUUAAAGGGGUAAUAACUAUUGACACAAAAGUGUAUUUUUCAAAAAUAUUCUAAAAAAGGACUGGCACUACCGAAAAACUUAUUAUUCCAGUUUACCGUUCGAUGAUUUUGUGCAGAUCGUGGCCACGCCAAAUGGUGCGUAAAUCUCUUUUUACCGUGCUUCAAAACCCCACAAGUUUUUAGUAAGAGUUUCAGUUACCUAUUUUUUCAUCUUUUUAAUAUAUAAAACACAUAGAUGACAAAUGGCAACUUUUUUUGUUCUGACCAAAUUGGCAAUUCCAGCUUUUAGUUUAUGCGUGCAGGGGACGAUGGGAAGUAAGGUAUCAUGUUGCUGAUUAUGCUGAAAAAAUAAGAAUGGUGGCCGUGUAAACACGGAGUGAUAGCUUAUACUUGUAAAUAUUGAAAUAUUUCGGUUGCUUCGGUAGUUUUUAUUGAAAUUUUUCAGCAUAAUCAGCAAUAUGAUACCUUACUUCCCAUCAUCCCCUGCACGCAUAAACUAAAAGCUGGAAUUGCCUAUUAUACGUCAUACUGCAGUAUUAUAACUGAACAGACAUUGUUAAAUGUUUUACGACGCCAUUAACAUUACGAGUUUUGAAACGUUUACCGAUACCAAACGGCUGCCUUUUUCACGAAUCUUUCGCUAUUAACUAUUUAAUUAUGGUAAAAUUUCAAAAUUAUUCGAAGAUUAAGAUAUUAUAAAAAAAAAUAGUACAAAAACAAUAAAUAGCUCGUGUUCUGUACUCCUCCUCAAACUCUUUAAAGAAAAUCACAUAGAAGCAAGUUUAAGUUUCUCUGAUCAACAACCGGAUUAAAUAAAGUGUUUUGUUCCUUCAAGGAUAUGCUGUUCAAGAUUUUUAAGACAUUAUGCCCUCCAAUUUGUACCUGUGAUGUACUUGACUUAUUUUAAUAUUUUCCAUCACAUACAUAUCUAAUUGAUAUUUUCUUGAUUUUUUAUCUGUAUUAGGUGCAAUUAACGCUUUGGUAUUCACAUUUGAUCGAGAAACAUUAGGGCUACUGACAUGGUCUUCUGUGAAGGUAGGGAAACGUGUAAUUUGCUGUACAUCGUAAAGUAUACAUUUAUCUUAUAUCGUUGACAUUAUAUAAUUAUAAAGUCAAGUAUAGUGAAAUAAGCGAAGGGAAGCAUCAUAUAUGUUAUAUUAAUAGUACACACAUAUGAUUUAUAUUCGUGCAUCUCAUUGGACGAGAGCCUAUCGCGAGAGCGUCUCACGUCUCCAGGCAACAGCUCUGAGCGGUGGACAUUAUAAUAUACAUUUAUUCACAGUCACCGGCGAAUAAUCGUUCAUGGAGCAAAAAUUGGAGCUUUCUUGUUCCUUUGACACUUAGUACGUAAUACUUUUUGUCGGACUGUGACUUUUAGUAAACAGUAUAUGUUUGGUGGACCAUCCAUCGGCUGCCGAUGUUCCCUCGGCUUCGCCUCGAUAUUGGCAGUCUUACGUCCACAAAACAUAUUGCAUGUUUCAAUCAAUAAGUGUUGUAGGCUAUAUAUUCGAUAUCCACUGAAAUGGUGACCUUUUUCGGUGUGCAUUAGAGUGUUGGUCGUUUUUCAGUAUUAAUCAUUUUUCAUUAUAUAUGACCCAAACCUGGAAAUAAUUCUAUAGCCUUUGUUGGAUCCUAUACGCUAAGGGGAAAAUAAUUUCUUUGAAAACACGGUGGUCAUAUUACAUUUGACAGGACUUAAAGAUUCAUUCAAACAGCUGUUAUAGGCAUUAGUUAUGCUAACAUGUUAACGAAAUCCAAUGAAUUAAUUAAUUGACGAACACGAUAAUAUCUUGUCUUUAGCUUACUGCCAGGCCUCACGCUUAUAAUUGUACUGAUAUUAGCAUGAUAUCAAAUUAAGUCGCAAUGAACUCUUGUAAAUCGCUAUAAACUUUAAUUUUUGGUAUAAAAUUUUUUUUAUUUAAAAUUUGGUCAUUGGACAAGCAGGCUACUUGUGUCGGUGAUGUAAGACAUUGUGUAUAAUACUGUAUAUAUAGAAUGAGAGGACAAUCGAAACGUAAUUAUUUUAUAUUCGGACUAUAUAUACUUGUGGUGAAUAUAUGUAAAAGCCUAAAGAUUAGGAACUAGAACUAGGGGAAGGAUUUGGGAGACAUAAAAGGAAAAGAGUAUUAAAGGGCGAGAGAUUAAAAUUGAGUAUAUACAGGAAAGGCAACCUUGUAGGCGUUUCGACUUAACAGUCUUCACCUGGGAUUUUGUAUAAGGACAUGCGUAUAUACGUAGGUAGAACUUGUAAAUAGAAAGAAGUAGAGUAUUGAAGUUAGGAUGAUGGAGGAUAAAUUAGUGAGAAUCAGGAAACAUGGAAAAACCUUCAAAAAAGGAAAAUUAACAUGGAAAAAUUAACUGGGCAAACAUAACAAAAAGGUUCAUUAUUAAUUUUAGUUGUCUUACCAAAGAUUUUGUCGUGGCGGGACAUUCCAUCACGUAGUUGAUCCCACGCGAAAAUGUGUUCAUAAAGCCAUGAAAUUUAAUAGUGUGUUCACGAAUGUAUACGCGAACAGUUCAUGCUCCGUUCAUCAAACAUAAUUUAUCUGCAGUUCGUUAACACGUGUUGAUGAAGUGUAUAGUUCUUCAAUUCUCAUCUAAUGAACCGUUCAUGAACAGUUGAUAAAUGACAAAUUAGUUCAUGAACUUUUUGCUUACGCAAAUAUAGUCGGAGUACAAAAUAAUUAAUUUUUGAUAAUGGUCUUCUCGUAUAUAUAUAUAUAUAUAUAUAUAUAUAUAUAUAUAUAUAUAUAUAUAUAUAUAUAUAUAUAUAUAUAUAUAUAUAUAUAUAUAUAUAUAUAUAUAUAUAUAUAUAUAUAUAUAUAUAUAUAUAUAUAUAUAUUUAUAUUUAUAUUUAUAUUUAUAUUUAUAUUUAUAUUUAUAGGUUUUUGGUGCAGUUGAAUAUUUUCCAGUGUUUUGCUUAUAUAUACAUGUUGUGUACAAAUAUUUUUGAAAUAUUGGUUUGUUUCUAAUAUUACUCUGGGUGCAUAUGUAUCCACACCGGAUAGGCUGAAAAGUUUGCCUGACCACGGUGGGAAUCGAACCCGCGACCUUUGGGAUACUAUAGUCCAAUGUUCUGCCAACUGAGCUCUGCCAACUGAGGUCAGUUGUAGCUCAGUUGGCAGAACAUUGGAUUAGUAUCCCAAAGGUCCCAGGUUCGAUUCCCACCGUGGUCAGGCAAACUUUUCAGCCUGCCUGGUGUGGAUACGCACUCAGAGUAACAUCAGAAACAUUAUAUUCACCUGAGUACAUAACAUCAAAACGCACACAAAAGUAUCAUUGGUUUGUUUUUCUUACUCCAGGACGCCGUGUUUCAGAGAACUCAUUUAACAACUCAUCUUAUUUCGGAGUACACGUUCACGCAGACAACUGGCAGCAGUUCCUCCAGUGCGGCUAGUGUCAAUAAUGGGCAUACAGUCGAUGAUGAAGCAACCAACGAUGAUUCGACAACCGUUGAAUCGACAACCGUUGACACGAAAGCUUCGAGUAUUCAAGCGGAUAAUCUAGUAAACGAUCAGGAUACUCCGAUAGUUCGUGAAGGUGCUGAUAAUGUUCGGGAAAGGACAACUUACGGAACCACUGAUGUUGUUUAAUUUGAUCCUGUUUAUAUAUAGACUUUUCCCAAGAUUGCUUCGCGUACGUGCCUCGUUCCAGACCUAUUAUUCGCGGUCUUGGCUACCUCCUCCACAAACAAAUAAACAAAAUAAACGAAAUUCUGCAGGCGUAUAGCAGUGCAUGCCUGUGGUAGAGAUUUUGGUGUUAUUAUAUAUGAUUUUGUCGAUGUUCCAUUGUCCGAAAAAUGUUCUUGGAUGGCUUUGUUCUCUUCCUAGGCAUCGGAAAAAAUUGAGAUAUUUUGUAGAGAUACGGCAAAAAUUAAAAAUAAUACAUGAAAGGAAAGCGUAUAGAAAGGUGAACAAUAUACCUGUAGGUUAAAAAUGUCGUGUAAAUUACAGAAAUUAGUCGAGUGACAGCACAAUUUCGAAAAUGUACUAACCAAAACCGCCUGAAUUAAUGUGGUCUGACACGGGGUUGUGAAGAUACUUUGAGAAACGUCUAUUAGGAAGCCGAAUCUUCAUAUCAUAAGAUGUAAGAAUGAUACCGUUGACCAACUAUUAGAACACCGCUAAGUAUAUAUAUACCCUCCAUAAAAUACCUUCCAUAUAAAUAAUCCCAGCAAUUUCAGUAUUAAGUAUAGCCUACUAUUUAAAACACAGGUAGGAGUGCAAUAUUAGAUGCAAAUGUUAUACAGCUAUUUCAAUUAAGGUUGUCCACGAGCAAAGCGGAAAAGUCGAAUGCGAGCGCGAAAGGCUGCUGGGAAUCGCUAACAAAUUAAUGAUUUUUCAAAGCGAUUCCCGGCAGCCUUUCGCGCUCGCAUUCGACUUUUCCGCUUUGCUCGUGGACAACCUUAAUUGAAAUAGCUGUAUAUUCUUUUUGACUCACGGAUAUUGCGAAGCAACAUCUAUGAGUCUUUGUGGUCACUUGAGUGUGGAAUGAGUGUGGGGCAGUUAAACAAAGGGAAAUGACCAGCCUGCUAUGCGCGCACUGUUUGCCUGCGAAUGGGCUGGAGCACGCGUUCGUUCUUUUGAUUUGGCAAAUGAAGCAAGGCAAAUGGGUAAAAUAGCAAAAUUCGCACGGUGCCCCCCGGUUUCCAAAAACAGCUGCUAACUGCUCUAAUCCUUUCUGUCACUUUCAUUUGAUCUGGCCACAACGGCCUUUGAUUAUUUCUGACAAGGUACGACUGCAAGUGCUUCAAAGUAAUUUUAGCGAACGUUUAUGUAAAUUAACAUUAUUUUUUAUCAGAAAAAACCACCAACACGGCAGUUAAUUUCCUUAUAAUUUGUCCUUUCCUCAUGAAUUAUUAAUUAAUGAGGUUUUUAAUGCUACAAUGGCGUCCAACAGGAGGAAUUAUAAAAGACGCCAUUGAAUAGUACGUCACUAGAUCUGAAGUUUGUAAACUAAGUUCAUGUUCAUCUAUGUUUUUGUGGCAGCUUGUGGAAAAUGUGAUUUCCCGUUAGGGCUCAUGCAUGCAGUAUAGGCUUGAUACGCAUCCACACCAAAUAUAUAUAUAUAUAUAUAUAUAUAUAUAUAUAUAUAUAUAUAUAUAUAUAUAUA